AUGGGCCUCGCCGACGCGACUCAAGCCGCACCGCCUCGACGUGCUCAACCUCAACUCUCCGCCGAGGGCACCGACUCGCCAACACGUGACUUUGCCGCCAAGCCGACCAAGGACGCUGAGGGCGCUGCACCUGCACUCGGCGAAGAGGAGGCGGUCGACGGCGUCUUUGGCGAGCGCGCGGGCGAGGGCACGGUCGACUACCGCAGUCUCGGAUGGAUCGGCGCAACGGUCCUUCUCGCAAAGACGCAGAUCGGGCUCGGCGUCCUCUCUAUUCCUUCCGUCUUCGAGACCCUCGGCAUCAUUCCCGGCGUCAUCAUCCUCAUCGUGCUCGCCAUCUUGACGACCUGGAGCGGCGAGAUCCUCGGCCGGUUCAAGCUGCGGCACCCGGAGGUCUACUCGUUGUCCGACUGCGGCCGGUUGAUGUUCGGCCGUGUCGGCGACGAGGUCUUUGGCGUCGCCUACUUCCUGCUCACGACCCUGGUCGGCGGCCUCGGCCUUCUCAGCAUCUCGACCGCGCUCAACGCCAUCUCGCUCCACGCGACCUGCACGGCCUACUUCAUGCUCGUCGCCGUCGCCGUCACGUUCCCGUUCGCCGCCAUCCGCAAGCUCGACAAGAUUGCCUGGAUCACCCAGGUCGGCCUCGCGAGUAUCAUCAUCUCGGUGCUCGUCGUCGUCAUCGCGGUCGGCGCAGGUGGACGGCCGGCGGCGGCGCCGCAGACGGGCCCGUUCGACGUCAAGAUCACCCUGUUCGGCAACCCGGACUUUGCGAGCGCGAUGAACGCCGUCUCGAACGUCCUCGCGUCGUACGGCGGCGUCCCUGCUGCCAUGCCCAUCAUCUCCGAGAUGCGCGACCCUCGCCUGUUCCGCCGCGCCAUCAUCGUCUCGCAGGUCUCGGUCACGGUCUUCUACCUCGUCAUCGGCAUCGUCCUGUACGUGUACGCCGGCCCGUACGUCGCCAGUCCUGCCCUCGGCACGGCCGGCACCCUCAUCAAGCGCGUCGCGUACGGCCUCGCGCUCCCUGGCCUCAUCGUCUCGGCCAUGCUCUUUGUCCACCUGCCGGCCAAGUGGGUGUUCGUGCGCGCGCUCCGCAACACGCAGCACCUCGCCAAGGAGACCCGGACGCACUACGUCGUCUGGUUCAGCUGCGUCGCCGGCUGCCUCGCGUUCAGCUACGUGGUCGCGUCGGCCGUGCCCUUCUUCGGCGGCCUCCUCGGCCUCGCGAGUGCUCUUUUCGGUACCCUGCUCGUCAUCGGCGCCGAGCCCUGCAUGUGGAUGUACGACCUGCGCCACUGCCUCAAGGACCGCGACGCGCGCCCGCGCUUCUUCACGCUCGGCGUCAUCAUCAACAUGUGCAUCCUCCUCAUCGCAGCCCUGUGCCUCGUCGGCGGCACGUACGGCAGCAUCAAGAGCAUCAUCGACUCGUACGCCGAGACAGGCGGCCGGCCCUGGUCGUGCGCCGACAACUCGGGCAGCUCUUGAGAAGGCGAGGUGCCGCUUCAGGCGGAGGUUGGACGGAGCCCGAGAGCGGUGUUGUAGACUUAAGAGACUGUAUGUAGACGACUAGAAGGCGUGCCAUAGAAGCCCUCCAUCCGC